UUCAUCUUCCAUUUGUCAAAAUUCUGAGUUAUAAAUAAAAAUUUACAUACACAAACCAUUUGAAACUAUUUUUUGAAGACAUAACAAUCCCAACUCCUAUUAUCUUUUUUAAUCAAUGACGCUCCAAAUGAGUAGAAAACUUACUAAAGUUAUUGUAAAUUCAAACAAUAGAUCAUGGCAAUCAAAACAAACUAUUGGGAAGUAUUUUCAAAGAUAUUAUACAUCAACAGAAUGGACAAACUUGACCGAAAGACCUAAAAAUAAAGUAACUGAAAUGCCACCUAUGGACAUACCUGUCAAGGAUUUACCAAAACCUAUUUACUCUAAUUUCAAGGAGGAAGAUCAGAAAACCAAAGUCACAAUUUUAUCCAAUGGUCUCACCGUGGCAUCAGAAGACAGAUUUGGAGAGUUUUGCACUGUUGGAGGUGAGACUUUCUGUUAAUUGGGUGAUCAUGAA